AUGGCAGCCCCCCGCCUAACAACCAAGGCCCUCCGCCUCCCCACCAGCAAACUCCUCCGUCCGGCUCUCACCACGGCCACUCCCCGAGCGGUCCCUAUCUUCACCCAAAAACGCCACCUCACCGGCCCCUACGGCUACCACCAAUCCAAAGCCCUCACCUUCUCCUCCUUUGGCGAACCUAUUGACGUCUUGUCGCUGCACACCCACUCCAUCUCCCCCACCCUCCCCUCCGGCUCCGUCUUGGUCCGCACCCUCGCAGCACCAGUAAACCCAGCAGACGUCAACACCAUCCAGGGCACCUACGGCUCCAAGCCCCCCUUCACCACCCUCCUCGGUACCGCCCAACCGUCCGCAGUACCGGGGAAUGAGGCCUGCUUCGAGGUCCUGUCUGUCGGGCAGGGAGUGAAGGGUCUGGAGAAGGGGGACUGGGUUAUCCCUGCCAAGACGGGGUUUGGAACCUUUAGGACUCAUGCUUUGGUUGAGCAGGCGGAGGGGAAACUGAUGAGGGUCGAGAGGGAGGGUUUGACGCCCGUUCAGGUGGCGACGGUGUCGGUGAAUCCGUGCAGUGCGUAUCGGAUGCUGAAGGACUAUGUCGAUCUGGUUGGUCUCAGCAUGCGGUGGUAUCGCGAGGGGAAAGACGUCUCCGGGGGGGCGUGGUUUCUCCAAAACGGGGCGAAUUCUGGGGUGGGCAGGGCGGCGGUUCAGUUUGGGAGAUUGUGGGGGUUGAGGAGUAUCAACGUCGUUCGGGAAAGGGAGACACCUGAAGAGACGGAGAAGCUCAAGGAGGAGCUCACCGGGUUGGGAGCCAAUGUUGUUCUGACCGAGCAGGAGUUCUUGGACAGGAGUUUUAGGGAUCGACUUGGGGAGCUGACAAAGGGGGGGAAGGAACCGUUGUUGUUGGGGAUGAACUGUGUUGGGGGGAAGUCGGCGAGUGCUGUGGUGAAGGCGCUGAGUCCGAAGGGGUGCAUGGUUACGUAUGGCGGGAUGAGCAGACAAAGUUUCCCGUUCCCGACUGGGCCGCAGAUCUUCAAGAGGUUGAGGUUCGAAGGCUUUUGGUUGAGUGAGUGGGGUAAGGAGAACCCAGAGGGCAAGAGGAAGAUGAUUGAGGAUAUUUUGAACUUGAUGAGGGAGGGUAAGUUCAAGGAGAGCCCGGUGCAGGAGGUGGAGUGGAACUGGGAGACGGAGGAGAAGACGCUCAAGGAGGCGGUUCAGGGGACCCUGGGCGGGUUUAGGAGUGGGAAGGGUGUUUUUGUUUUUGGGGAGACGUAA